GAGUCAAAUUACAACCCACAAUUAACAUAUGAAUUUACAAACUUAAAAGAGAAGAGAAGAAAAAAAAAAAACCUAGAGCGGGCGCUUGAGCCCUCGGAGAGCAGGAACUUUUUUUCUCCGGGUGUAAAAACUCUUUGAUUGGCUGCUCGCACGCGCCUGCCGGCGCCCGCCAUUGGCUGAGCAGACACGCGACCGGCGCGAGGAGGGGGCUGGGAGAGGAGCGGGGGGAGACACACUGGCGCGUGCCGCUUUUUAAAGGGGCGCAGCGCCUUCAGCAACCGGAGAAGCUUCGUUGCACGCGACCUGGUGUGUGAUCUCCGAGUGGGUGGGGGAGGGUCGAGGAGGGGAAAAAAAGUAAGACAUUGCAGUAAAGACCCGGGAAGGGUUUUUUGUUGAGCGGGUUCGCCAGUUCCUACUUUGACCCUGCGCCUCCGAGCUUCUGCAGUGCAAUGUCCCGCCUGCUACAUGCAGAAGAGUGGGCUGAAGUGAAGGAGUUGGGGGACCACCAUCGCCAUCCCCAGCCGCACCACCUCCCGCAGCCGCCGCCGCCACAGACACCUGCGACCCUGCAGACUAGGGAGCAUCCCGUCUACCCAGCCGAGCUGUCCCUCCUGGACAGCACCGACCCACGCGCCUGGCUGGCUCCCACUUUGCAGGGCAUCUGCACGGCACGCGCCGCCCAGUACUUGCUCCACUCCCCAGAGCUGGGUGCCUCGGAGGCCCCGGCUCCCCGGGACGAGGCGGACGGCCGAGGGGAACUGGUGAGAAGGAGCGGCGGCGGCUGCAGCAGCAAGAGCCCCGGGCCGGUGAAAGUGCGGGAACAGCUGUGCAAGCUGAAAGGCGGGGUAGUGGUAGACGAGCUGAGCUGCAGCCGCCAGCGCGCCCCUUCCAGCAAACAGGUGAACGGGGUGCAGAAGCAAAGGCGGCUAGCGGCCAACGCCAGGGAGCGACGCAGGAUGCACGGGCUGAACCACGCCUUCGACCAGCUGCGCAACGUUAUCCCGUCCUUCAACAACGACAAGAAGCUGUCCAAGUACGAGACCCUGCAGAUGGCCCAGAUCUACAUCAACGCGUUGUCCGAGCUGCUUCAAACCCCCAGCGGAGGGGACCAACCGCCGCCGCCACCAGCAUCUUGCAAGAGUGACCACCACCACCUUCGCGCAGCAGCCCCCUACGAAGCAGGUGCGGGCACCGCGACUGCAGCUGGGACGUCGCCGGCCUCCGGAGGGGGCCAGCGGCCAACCCCACCCGGAAGCUGCCGGACUCGCUUUUCGGCCCCGGCCUCGGCAGGAGGAUACUCGGUGCAGCUAGAAGCUCUGCACUUCUCGACUUUCGAGGACAGCGCCCUGACGGCGAUGAUGGCGCAAAAGAACCUGUCGCCUUCGCUGCCGGGGGGCAUCCUGCAGCCAGUGCAGGAGGAAAGUAGCAAAACUUCGCCCCGGUCCCACAGAAGCGACGGGGAGUUUUCCCCUCAUUCCCAUUACAGUGACUCGGAUGAGGCAAGUUAGGAAGGUGACAGAAACCUGCAAAACUGAGACAGAAACAAAAUCGCCCUUUCCCAGUGUGCGGAAAGCCCCGCGGUUAAAGAUCUCCGCACCCUUUUAAUUUUUGCUAAGCGAUGGUCGUUGUUUAGCAACGACUUGGCUUCAAAUGGCAGCUACAUUUGAUGGUUUGCAAAAGCAGCAGCUAUUCCAAACUUCCUAUCGUCCAUGUUGUUUGAUGAAAGCUUGCUGUUGAAGUUGAGUUCUUUCCUCCCACCUUCUGCUGCCCCUGUAGAUAGAUGAGAUAUAAUUAUAUGUACUCCUACAUAGCAUCAUUAUUCUAGUUCCCUGCUGCCAAUACGCUGCUAAAACGUCGCAUCUUCCUCUCUGUCGCUGGUUUGUGUUUAAUUUAUUUUAUGCCCUGGGCAUCCAUCCCUGUGUGUUGCGCGCACUAACGUGUGGGAGAGUUAGUAUUUCUAAGUUGUCUCCCAAUAUGCAUUAUGAAACGCAAAGUUAAUGCUUCCAAAGUGAAUAACUUUUGACUAUGGAAUUGUUAGAAAACAAGGAACUUUGAGGUUUAUACAUUGUAUAAACAUACCCAGGAUGUUUAGCGGACCGCGAGAGCAUUGGCGUCUUUUAGGAAACUUGGCGCACGCACUUUAUCAGCCGCUAAUGCUGUGGCUCCGGGACAAACUCAACUGCCAACUGCAGACCAGUUCUGUUUUUGUUUUUGUUUUUUAAACACGGCCACUUAUUAUUAUUAAGGUCUUUGCAAAUGUUUGUUUAAAAAUUAAAAUAAAAAAACACAUCUAGUAGUGUCAAAAGCAUUUGGUCAAUUUUAUUUUGCUUUGUUAAUGUUAGAAAACUUAUUUAUUAUUGAGUGUUUGCGACCAUUUCUACUUAUCUUGAUUCGUUUUUUUUUACAUUUUCUACUCAAAAUCAUUUUAUUUUAAUUUAGCAAAGCCAACUGCUAUUGUUUUAUGUAUUCCUUUUGCAAAUGGUAAAAAUAAACGUGAGAACAAC